GUUGUCGAAUUUGAAUGAUGGACAGAUAUCGAAACAUGGUCGGUCAAAGUUAAAGACGACAGGCGAUCAAUAGCACCACCAGCUUUAUUUUUCGAAAACACCAAAGUUGCUUUGUCUGGUUGUCAGUCAACCCAUGAAUUAUCAAUCGCUUACCUCGGUGCCACUCUCUGAAUAGCGGUUGCCACUUUGAAUUUUCUUUAAUUAUUUUAGAUUAAAUUGAAUGUAAAAAAGAUAAUUUCGUUGCGGCUUUACAAAAAAGUUUAUUCAGCUAAAAAGUUCUUUGACAAAGCCGAUUGACUUAAAUAUGUAAACAUUUAUCCCAACUCAAAGCAGCCACUGGUUACAGUUCAAUGUAAUAUUCCCCCGUGGUUGUUAGUAGGGGAUUAUGGCGUUAUUUAUUCGGCAAAUUCUACGCUUCUGCUAUUAUCACCAAAGCCGCAAGAUUGCCUUCGCGUGAUUCCAUUGCAAGCAAUUUGCCCAAACUUUUGAAUCAUUUGCAUAUAUUAUUGUACGUUUUGUGACAAAGAGCGAUGACGCCUCAAGUGCCUGCAAAACAAUGAAAUCAUCUCGGACAAUGUAAUUGUUCCUGAAUAUUGUUCGGCUUGCGGAAAGGCAACUCAGCACACAAGAAGUUUCGAAAACGCUCCCAAACUACGUGUGCAAACAACGAGUAGAAGACGUUGAGGAUCAACACAAAGUUUUCACACUAUAUGAAACUUGGGCUUAUUGAUUUCCCAUUUGUUGCGACGAUCUAAACAAUUCGAGGUGUCCCUGUGAGUAAAUUACGCCGAGAGGCAGCACUAAGCGUGCGCGUAACAUUCAGAGUACCGUGAAAAAAGAUAAGUUAUAUCUCUAUACCACAAGUGGACGAUAUCACACCGGUACAUGUAUCACUACGAAAUGAUUUAAACUACACCACACUCUCUUUUAGAUAUACAAGAUAUAGAAGAAAUACAUUAGUAUAAUUUUCACUCUGUGAUGUCCCCCCUUCUCCAGAUAGGGGGGGAGCUUGUAUUAAAGUAUUACCCGCAUCACGUGAUCUCAUUGCAGCCACUCAGAGCGCGCGCUUUCCGUAUAAUGUAAUUGACAAAAGGUAUUGUGUGCGACCUUUAACAAACCAGAAACCGUUCGCUCACGUAACUAUAACAUAUCAGGUGGUGAGUCUCAGAGCUCACAUUAAUCUGGAGCUUGCACCCGUUCACUUAACUCAUUGAAAACCCACAGCACACAGAAACCCAAGGAUGAGCGAUACCCUGACGAGUGGCCCCGUACCCGGAUCUGCCUUGUACCAUCGCAUCCCCAAGUGCGCGCGUUGCCGGAAUCACGGCGCGCUCUCGUGGCUCAAAGGACACAAACAUUACUGCAGAUGGCGGGACUGCACUUGCUCCAAAUGCUUACUGAUCGCUGAGCGACAACGGAUCACUGCAGCGAGAGUUGCCCUGCUUCGACAACAGCGAAAGAACGCCACUGGCGAUGGGGACAAGAAGGAUAUAUUGAGAAAGACCACGGAGAAAACGGAAGAGCUGCGAGAGAAAAGAUUCAGUGAAGAGGCGUUUGUCCGGCCUUCCAUGGUGCUCAACCCGCUUGGAUCUCUACACAGCCCGACCAGCAGCGAAGAGAACGACGAAGGAGGAUACCAGCACGCCUACCAUCAAGAGUCGGAUACAGAGACAGACCUGAGCGAAGCAGAAGGUCUACACCAUAAACCCGAGGCUAUCAUACCUAUAGUCAGCGGUAUUCAAAUCAAAACCGAGCCGAAGUGCAACGACGAGGAAUGUAACCCUACAGAACACAGGAGUCUCGCUGCUUCCCCAAGGCAAACACCUUCCCCGAAACGCUCGAUCGCCGAAGACAGCGACGAGCGUCAAAAUGAGGAGCCACCAACAAAAGCUCUGAAGAGAACAGACAGUCCAAAUGGAGCCGUGCCCAACCGCAAGCUACACCCCGAUCCUCUAGGCCUCCUUUUGCGAGCAUUUCCUGGACAUUGUAAAAGCGUACUGGAACUGGUACUACAAGGGUGUGGCGGGAAUGUAGUCCAGGCAAUCGAAUGCUUGCUUAACAGCCAGGAAAAGAAGUCGCAAGGACUUCAACUGCCUCUGCCGAUAUUGACUGGCUACCCAACUUUACCACGUGAUCUUCAUCCAGGUAUUCACGGACCUCCUCUAUUCCGUAAACCGGAGCUUUUCCAGCACCCGUUCCAAAGAGUCAUUCCCAUCGAGUGUAGGUACCCACCACCGCCUCUACUCAGGCCAAAACCGCAGACCACUACAUACGGCGGAUUCACUUCAGAAGCACGCGGAAUACCGGAGCCCAUUGUGACUACGGGCUCAGCAAUGAACGAUAGAGUGUCACCGGGUGCUCGCUUUUGCACCAAAUGUGGCAAAAAGGCGGAGGUGUCUGAUAACUUUUGCGCCCUAUGUGGCCAGAAAUUAAGCAAAUAGAUAUACCACAUUCAUUCAGCAAGUUGUGGCCAGCUUUAAAGACUAUAAAAGCUAUUUAUAAAGAUGUCGUAUAUUUCCUAUUUAUGGAAGAACAAUUUGGACGCAGACAAGUUACGAGGCCAGUAAUAUGGCGGACAGAAGCUAGAGUAGAAAAUGUUAAAAGCUGUGCUGACAAUGUUCGAAAGGAGGUGUCCGAAGGAGGCGUAAAGGAUAAUCGCAAUUUAGCUGAAUCUUUGGGUCUCAUGUACAUUCUCUCAAUUCAUAUUAUGACAAGCAAAACCCACAAGGAAGAUAAUAUUCUGCUCAUAUCCCCCUCGAAUUUAUUUCUCUAGCUAGGAAACAGGUUUCGAAAAGUUUUAAAGAUGACAAAUACAGAAAACUUCAUAUAAGUGUUUUUAUAGUAUUCAGACGUUCAUCCAGUCGCUUUUAGAUGUUUUCCAGUAGGUAAUUCAUGCAAAAUAGGUUUUGGUGUAGGAUUGUUGUCGUUCAAUAUUGAAUUAAAGUUCUCAACAACA